GGGACGGCCGGCAGGAGCUGGGACCCCAGUGGAGAUCUUUCUACCCAGACAGCCCGGACCAUGUGACACUGACCAGGCACUGUAUAAAGUACAAGAAAUCAAAAGGGGCAAAAUUUUCCUGUCCUAAAGAAGCUUACAUUCUAAUGGAAAAGACAACAUAUAAAUAGAUUGGCACCCUUGGCAUCCAAUAUAAGGAAUCAGCCCUGAUGGAGGAUGAAGGGCCUCCUCGUAGAGCUUCUACUCCAACUCCUGCUCUGGAGGAACUCCAUAUCUUUCCAAUAUCCCUUAUGAAGAAUAUUCCUGGUUCAGAACCUGAAGAAGCAGAGACAGAAGACUCUGCCUGGCAAUGGACUGAGGAUGAUGAUGUCUUUGAGGUUCAAAAGAGAGAUCAGAGUAAUCAGAGCACAACUGAAGAGAUACCACGUAUUCUUUCCCAGGAAGAUUUUCCAGCUUUGGAGCCUGACAAUGGAGAUAUUAUAACUGCAAGUUCACGAAUCCAGAGACCUUCAAGGCUAGUGUCCCAAGGCCUCCAAGAGGGACAUACACCUUUGAUUUCCACAGAGAGCUCUGUCUGCCCCACUGUGGCUGCUAGCCUCGACAUUGGCCCCAACCCCAAUGAAAUAAGGAGCAAGGUUGUAGUAGGAUCUUGGCCAAAAUUCCCUAACCCUCUGACAGAAAAAGAAAGAUCAGAAGCCAGUGAAACAGUAAAGAAAGGAAUCUUUCUUCCCUCCUCCAUUGAAGCUAGACCCCAUUCUCCUCUUGAAGAACCCAACAGUCUGAUCUGUGAUGCAGAAAGAAGAGCUGCCCAGCAAGAGGGGGAGCCUCAAGAGAGGAAGGAAAAAGGAGAGCAAGAAGGGCUGUUACAUCAGAAACAAGAGGAGACCCAGGAUCCAGGGAAACAGGGGAAGCAGGAAGAGAGGGAACUAGAAGAUCAGGGGAAGCUGGAGUGUUUUGAUGGACUUUCAGGAAAGCAGGAACUGGAAACAGCAACAUGUAUUCAAAAACAAAGAGAAGAACAAGGACAAGAAGGUAAAGGACAGGUUGAUUUGGUUCUGAAGGGAAAAAAAGAAGGAGAAACAUUUAAUAGGGAGGUAGAAGAUCAAAAUCACAGGGAAGGAUACCCAGGAGAUAAGAAUGUGGAAAAGCAGGAUCAUGGGAAAGUAGAAGGGCAGAAAAAUCAAGCAAGUGGAUUGGUGAAUGAACAAAAAAAGGCAGAUCAUUAUAAUAAGAAUCAAGAGAAACAGGGGGAGAUAACGCAGGAGAGUAAGGAAAAACAAGACACUGUAAAAGAGCCAUGGAAGCUAGAGGAGAGAGCUGAGGAAGAACAGGAGACUGUCACUAGAGAAACAUUGGAAGCUGAGGGAGUGGUAAGGAGAAACAAGAAUGAAGAAAUUCAGAAGCAUUAUAUUCCCUUCCCAUUGACCCAAAUUGUCCCAGGCACCAAUAUUUCAUGGGGUUCUUUCCCAAGAGAUCCUGUUUCCACAAGAUCUGAGACUCAAGAAGAGAUGAAAACUGAGUCUUCUAGAGUUCAACUCUCCAUGUCCUCUUCCUGCCCAGACUCUGCUCCAAGGCCUGGACAGGGAUCAUCAGGAUCUUUCCAGUCCAUCCCUCCUCCGAGUCUUUCCAGAGAGGAUUCUGAGAAAGAAGAAGAGCAAAAUGGCUGGGAGGAAGAGUACAGUGUAGUAGACAGAACCAUGCCUAGCUUGGGGAAGAAACCAACACCUCCAAGGCCAAUUGCCAUAGCUCAUAGAACAGAGACUUCAAUGCCUUUCAGUUCCAUUAAGAUGGAUCCCAACACAACCACCUCAUCAGAUUCCUGCCCCCCUACUUUCUCUCCUACAAGAGAUUCUUCACCCCUGUCCUCUCUACCAGUACUCUCUAGAUCAUUUUCCUUUGAUAAAGAAUUCUCUAUUCACCACUGGGACUCUGAUGCUGCCUUAAACAUUCUCCACACAUCCUCCCUUGAAGAGGCUCCUUGGGUACCACCUGCCAAAUCUGAGUGGGCCAGUGCCCUAACCCUCCCAGAAUCCUCUCAGGAAACUAUCCAAUACCAUGGGAGUAACUCUGCGCCAAGUUCCUAUGGGGCAGGGCAGCCUCAGUAUCUGGCCCAGAAUCCAACCUCUUUCCAUCAUUCAGAACUGGCUCACAGACUCUCUGAACCUGCCAUCCACAGUGUUGACAUCUUAAGAAGGGAGGAGCAGGCUAGGCCAGAACCCUCCUCUGACCCUUCCUCCUUGAAUCAACUUCAAGAAUUUACCCAAAAUUUACAAAGACCUGGUGCUACCCAAAGCCCGACUCGAUAUCUAUCAAAAAAGGAACCCUUCCUCUCAGAGGGACUUAUCCAUGGCUCGCCUCCUUCCUCAUCCAUGGUGGAAAUGGGAUUACAUGAACUGGUGCCCCCUCUCCCAGCACGGGAGCGACACAGUCAUCCUUUGCUGGUGCGACAUAGUAGCCAUCUUGCCAAACCCCCUGCCCCAAAACGGUAUAGCCACCCUCCCAUCUUUCCCUUAGCUCCAGUGCUACCUGGCUCCCCUGAAGGUCCUUCUAUCCCUGCUAAGACAAGACAGAACCGACCUCUACCUUCUACUCCAGUCCCAGACACUUCCCACCACACUCAGAGGUACAAUAAGCCAUUGCCCCCUACCCCAGUCAUGACCCCUCAUCACCCUCUCACAUCUACCAGAAAAAACAAACCACUUCCUCCCCUUCCCAUUUUGGAUACUGACACCAAGCCACCUCCACUGCCCCCAAAGGCUAAGUGGAGAAGCAGCAGUUCUCACGGGUCAAUUAUGGAUGCAGGAGAUCAAUUGAGGUCAAAACCUAGCUCCUCAAAGGUAUCUGGAGGGAACUGGGAAGUUCUUUCUUCUCUCCCUGCUGGACGUACCUCCUGGCCUCCAGAUAUGGACACACCAAUAGACUCCUUGACCUCUUCUGACAGGAAUAAAAGUGAGAUGACUUCUCCUCUGGCUUUCAGUAACAUGACUAACUUUCUUCUGGGGAGUCCUUCUUCCCCAACCCCUUCCAUGACCCAGGACCCACAGCAUUCUAUCCUGGGAGGAAUCCAGGAGGAACAUGGACAAUCAGAAGGGACUUUAAGGACUUUGAGCAGAGGAGCUUUUCAGGGGAAUAGCAAUGGGCCCCGGAGGUCAGAUCGAGGCCUGGUGCGGCAGUCAGGGAAACCCAGCCAUCCACCUUUGGAGAAAUCAUCCAGCUGGCCACACAGGAAAGAUCCUGGGAAAUUUUUGGAAAUGAGUGGCAGGCACUCAGAGAGUACUACUGAAGGGCAGAACAAGACCAAGGGAUGGAACCGGCAAGGCUUGCGCAGACCAUCUAUCUUCCCUGGGGAUGUCCUAGAUGGGGAAGGCCCCCCCAUGGAAAAACCUCCUUGUCCCUCAGAUACAAUUGUUUUUCGAGAGAAGAAACCAAGGGAAGUGAUGGGUAGUGUUACCAGGCGCUGCUCCAAGUUCAUCAAUUCCUCCCAUCUGCUUUACCAGGAAUAUAGUGAUGUGGCUCUAAACAAGGAGAUACAAAGCCAACAGAGACUAGACAGCCUGAUUGAAGGAUCCAGCCCAGCUUCACCCCGACAGCCCCGAAAGUCAGUAAACACAGACUCUUAUCUUCAGCGCCUCUCUAUUGCUUCCAGUGCCUCUUUAUGGCAGGACAUCCCCCGAGUACGCAAUAGCACCAUACUGCUCUCUAUGACUCAUGAGAACCAAAAGCUGCAGGAGGCCAAAUUUGAACUUAUCAUGUCAGAAGCUUCCUAUCUGCGAAGUCUUCAUGUGGCUGUAGACCAUUUCCAGCUUUCAUCACCACUCCGGAAUACAAUGUCUAACCAGGACCACCAUUGGCUCUUUUCUCGUCUACAAGAUGUGCGGGAUGUCAGCACCAUGUUUCUCUCGGACCUGGAAGAGAACUUCGAGCAUGACAUCUUUACCUUCCAUGUUUGUGAUGUGGUCCUGACCCAUGCACCUGCUUUCCGGCGUGUCUACCUACCUUAUGUCACCAACCAGACUUAUCAGGAGCGCACUUUUCAACGUCUUCUGAGCAGCAACAGUAAUUUCCGGGAAGUCCUGGAUAAGCUAGAAAGUGACCCUAUCUGCCAGCGCCUUUCCCUAAAGUCCUUUCUCAUACUGCCUUUCCAGCGUAUCACCCGCCUCAAACUGCUGCUCCAGAAUAUUCUUAAGAGGACACAGCCUGGCUCCCCAGAAGAAGCAGAGGCCACAAAAGCACACCAUGCCGUGGAAGAGCUCAUCCGAGACUGCAAUAACAAUGUCCAGAGGAUGCGACGGACAGAAGAACUGAUUUACCUAAGUCAGAAAAUUGAGUUUGAAUGCAAAAUUUUCCCAUUGAUCUCACAGUCACGAUGGUUGGUGAAGAGUGGGGAGCUAACAGUACUUGAGUCCACUGUGUCACCUGGGCUACGGAGGAAACUGGCCACUCGACCUGUCCACUUGCAUCUCUUCAAUGACUGCCUGUUGUUAUCACGACCUAGAGAGGGCAACCGCUUCCUGGUAUUUGACCAUGCCCCUUUUUCCUCUGUACGUGGAGAGAAGUGUGAAAUGAAGCUGCAUGGACCACACAAGAACUUCUUCCGUCUCUUUCUCCGGCACAACACACAGGGCACCCAGGCUGAAUUCCUCUUUUGCACAGAGACUCAGAGUGAAAAGCUUCGCUGGAUCUCAGCUUUAGCUCCUCCAAGAGAGGAAUUGGACCUCUUGGAAUGUCAUGACUCUCCACAGGUUCAGUGUCUACGUUCUUAUAAACCUCGAGAGAAUGAUGAGUUGGCCCUGGAGAAAGCAGAUGUGGUGAUGGUGACUCAGCAGAGUAGCGAUGGUUGGCUGGAGGGUAUGAGGCUGUCAGAUGCGGAGAGGGGCUGGUUCCCUUUGUCACAUGUGGAGUUCAUCACCAACCCUGAUGUUCGAAAGCGGAACCUGUCAGAGGCACAUAGAGUCAAGACUGCCAAACUACAAUUAGUCGGACGCCAAAGAUAACUCCUAAACAAGGGCAUCUCCUUGGGCCCAUGGACAUAAUAUUGCUACAGAAGGGAGCUGUCAUCUGCAGCUCUGUAACAGAACCUCUCAAAGUCUGAAAGCAAGAAUCAGCAAGACUGGACAUAGGCUUCGAACUUUACACUCAUUGCCCAUUGGUGUGUGUGCAAGCAUGUGUGUGUGCGUGUGUAUGUGCGUGUAUGCAUAUGUGUGCUCACUCUGCAUGCAUACACACAAUAAGGAUAUAAGACAGAGGAAUUUGGGGUGCAGCCAUUUCUUUAAGGAAAUGUAACCUUUGGGGGGAUCUAUACUGGAGCCUGAGCCAAGGGGCUCUACUUAAAUGAAAUUUAUUGGUUCCUAUGCUUCCAGGUUGAUAAUUUGGAGCUAGAGUUUCAAAUACUUGGUUCCAAACUUUAUCACUUCUUUAGCAUUCCUUUCCUUUAGGAACCAGCAUUAUUGGGAAGGAGAUUAAGGUGCCUCUAGGGAAGUUGGAUGUGGCUAUGGAAAUGUGAGGGUGAUAGUCUCUCACUCUAAUAAACUUGGCACUUUGAAUUUUUUCUUCCCAGACUCCUCAGCACUGAGCAUUGUUCAUCACUUGGCUGGACUUCAAGGAGGAAUCCAGGCUCAGCUAGGUUUGGGUCCAUGAAGAGCUGUAUGUAGGUAGUGGGCGUAGAUUGUUGUGGCAGCUGUUGGUUCUUGCCUUGCUGCCACUCCCCCAGGAUUUGGGGUGAUUCUCUCUUAGCUAUGGCCUCAGGAAUGUAGUUAUUUCUUGAUUCCAUGCCUUUUCCGGUAAUGAGUUAUAUCAGCAAUACACCAGGUCUUCUUCUUGAGCAUACCUGUAACUUAAGAUGAGGAGGGUUUUGCUGUAGUAUAACAGAAUUUCUUAUUGGGAUAGGAAUUCAAUGAUCCUUCAAUUCACUCUUCCACGAAAGAUGAAUUAUCUUUAUAGGAUGAAUGAAUCAAAAAUAUUUAAGUACCGACUACAUGCUGAGCACUGUGUCCAGAGCUGGGGAUACAGAUAUAAAAACAAGAUUCCCUACUCUCACAGAGCUUACAUUUUCAUGGGGUGGGAUGGAUAACACAUAGUAGCCAGUGAAGGAAGUGAUGGUGAGAAAAACAGUAGUGCAAUCUAUUGACUUGUCCUUUCUGGAGGCAAUCACAGUGUUAAUUUGAUUACUGUUCUUGGAGCAAGUGGUGGUAAAAGGGGUGAGGGUAGUAAAGAGGGUAUAUACAGUGGUAAAUUGCUGAAUUAAAGAUGGCCCAAAUGAAAAUGAAGACAUGUCCCCAAUGUCUAGAAUUGAGAGACUUAGCUCCUCUCAGUUAUGAUUUCUAGUCAUCUGUUUGGAGGAUAGAGCAGCAGUAGUAGCAGGAAAUAAAAUGUCUUCACAAGAAGCCAUCCAGUUUCUUGAAGACUUUGAAUGACAGUAAAUAACAUUUAUUAAAGUAGGCUAUUUGAUAGGAUGCACAGAUUUCUGUUUGAGAUUUUAGCAAACAUGUUCUGUAUUUACCUAAUCAAUAAUAUUUAUUACUUUAUAAACAUUAUGCAAAUAUUUCUCUAAUAUUUCCACCUGGACAUAAAAAGAAUACUGGAUCAAAAGGAAGUCUGGCUUCAGUCUUGUGUGACCUCAAAUUAUUUAAUGUCUUUGGGCCUCAGUUCCCUCAAAGAUAAAGGAAACGUGUUGAUUUAGUAGGAAGAAUGAGAUACUGAAGGAAAUGUAGACAAAAGAGGUAGGAGGAAGCAAACAUCAUGUUUCACAUAGGAGGAUUCACUGGAAAUACCUGCACCAGGGAACUAAAUGAGGGGAAUGGAAAUCUUGAUUGUAUAAGGAUUUGUAUCAGGAAGAAGCUGCAUUUAAUCAUGUUAUUUAGGAGAGUUAGUGGGAAUAAAACAUUAUCACAGAUCAAGAAAAUUGGAAAGAAAUUCAAAGAUCAUAAAGCUCAAACUCCUCAUUUUUCAGAUAGCAAAACAAAGGCAUGGGAAAGUUCACUGAUUUGGUCACAUAGGUAGUAAGCAAAAGAUGCAGGAUAUAAACCCAGCCCCUCUGACUCCAGAUUCCAUGCUACUAUUUCCACUGUAUCCCAUUUUCUCCCUGUCAGACUGGCUAUUCCUGGUGAUUAGAAUGUAGAGAGAUGGGUUAUUACAAGCAGAAUUUCCAUUUCCAACUAGGGGAGAGGUAGUGGGAAUUCCCUAGAAUUGCAAUGUAGGUGUUUCUCCCAUUUUGCCUUUGUUGUGUUACAUGUACAUGGCCAGGUGGGAGAUGGAAUGAGGAGGGGUCAGUUCUUAAAUGCCAAGGGUCAUGGUUUAUAUUACCCUAAAGUGCAUACAUGAUGUAUCCUAGGAUGGGAAGAAUAAAAAUAAACAAAGUUCAAUUCCCAGA